CAUCGCCAUUGUCUGACAGCCAGUCAGCGCGUGGUGAGCUUCACUUGAUUACAUAAUCCAACUCGGAACAUCUCUCCCUCCGACCUCACGCCCACUCCAUCGCGACAACUUAAAGCAGCCCCCCAUUCAUGACGCUACUCUGCGCUUACAUGAGGCUCAGACGCGACAAUGGACCGCUGAUGUGCUCCAUCACUCCCAGCAACCGCAGCAUGCCUCCCGGAUCUGGACAGAAGGGCACCGGCAAGAAGAACUCGGCCAUGCCCAAGCCGAGCCGCAACUCGACGCCGGUGCCGGCCCCAGCAUCGGCGCUGCCGCCGCAGGAGUUCUACGACCCGGACUACCUCAACACCCGCGUCAUCCUGUUCGCGAACCUGACCUUUGACAACCUGGUCGACCAGAGCGCCUCCAGCGCUGCCGUGCCCGACUCGCGGAGCAUCGACGCCAUGCUUGAUAAGCUUAAGACGCUCAUCAGUAUCAUGGAGAAGCGCUCCACAUUUUAUGACCGAGGCAUGCGGUAUUUGGCCGACGAGCGCAAGAAACGCCCCGACGACCUGCGCGUUGAAGGAGGAGAGCCAGAGACGAAGAAGUCCAAGCACAAGCGCAAGAAGGGCGCCGAUACCUCGGGGCCGGGCGAAGGUAGCCAGGAACAAUCCUCUCCGCUGAGAGAUUCAAAGAGGAAGCACGUGCGCGACAACGACGACGCCAGCUCGUCGCUCUCCCCCAUCGCAGGCGGCGCAUCCCCCAACGCCAUGGAAACCGAAGAGAAGCCCAAGAAGGAGGAAAACGAGGAGGAGGAAGAGAGCUCAGAAGACGAGGGCGCACCGCCGAGGCGUGAGCUGCCCCAGGCACAGACAUUCGGAGAAGAUCCGUCCACCUUUCCAGACCCGACCGUCUACGAAAUUCUACCAACCUACGAUGGCAUGCCGGACGAGGAACGAAAGAAGAUUUACUCUGUCGCCGUGUAUCCAAAGAGCGAUCUCUCCGAUCUGAUUGCCGGCGAUCCCCCGGACAAGGACUUUAGCAACGCGAAACCAAGCAGCCAAAUCAACUUUUCGACCUUCUCGAGCUACAUUGAUCCCUAUUUCCGCCCGUUUACAGAGGAAGAUUUGGCAUUUCUGAGAGAGCGACACGACCGCGUGACGCCCUUUGUCAUGCCAAAGCGCGGCAAGAGGCACUAUACCGAGAUUUGGGCCGAGGAGGAUGGCGCCAUGGCCAUCGACACGCCCCAGCAGAAUCGCGACAAGCUACCGCCAAAUCAGCCGCGUGGCAGCAUCGAGAACAUGAACGACAGCGUGGCCGAGACGGAUGCGCUAUCCAUAGGGCCGCUCGCCUCACGGCUGCUGCAGACACUGCGGCCCGAAUCGAGAGUGCCCGUCUCUGACGACAAGCCAACCGCCAACGGUGUUACGAAUGGCGACGUCAGCAUGAAUGGGGACAUGAACGGCGACGAGGCAAACGGCAUGCCCGACGACAAGUCAAGCGCAAUGCCUCCUGCCACGUUCAUGGUAGAGUCCACGUCAGAAGCAUGGAGAAAGGCGACGCACCCGAAACUCGAGUAUGCCCAGGUUGAAGAGCGGCUUAAGCAAGAGCUCCGGCAUGUGGGCUUCUUGCCACCAGACAACAUUGAAAGCGAGUACGACGGGCAUUUUGACGAUGAGGUCGCAGGCAGACUGCGGCUCUUACAGGCUAGGCUUAAGGAGCAAAUGCUCGUCAAUGGCGCGCGCAAGGCACGGCUGAUGGACUUGGUCCGCGAGCGGAUGGCCCACCAGGAAUACCAGACCAUUCUCGAGGAUCUGGACUCGCAGGUCAAUGCCGCCUAUCUCAAGCGCACCCGGACGAUGGGCAAGAGCAAGAAGUCCAAGCGGCCCGGAGGUGCCGGCGGCGGCAGCCACUUUGUCGGCGCAGGGGCGGGCAUGGCGCGGCCAGGAAUAGGAGACCUGACCAAGACGCUGAUGGAGCGACGCCGGAGGUGGAUCGAUACGAUAGGAUCUGUAUUCGACGGCGAGAACUUGAACAAGGUGCCCCGAAGCGAGGAUCCAGACAGCUCCAUCUUCAAGCCGGAUGAGAUGGCAGAGCUGAUCAAGAAGGAGAAGGAUCAGUGGGAUGAGGAGAUUGAAGAGGAGUAGGGUUGUUAUUGUGAAUCUUUGACAGAAGGGACUGGCGUUGGGGUAUG